CGGUGCAAGCGACCUUGGGGAAGAAGCCAUUGAAUUAACCCUCCCCCAAGUUCAAAAGAAUUAUGCCCAAAGUCUCAAUAUAAAUCCCUUAUCGCAAUCAAUAGGCAUGGAGUUAUAGAUCCAACCCAUUUCAAUUUGGUCUGUAAUUUUGAAUACUUGAUUCGAAAUCCCCCAUGGGUAUAAUCAGAAGCAGCUUAACCUUCAUGUUGGGUACAGCUUUCGGGAUCUACGUUGCUCAGAAUUACGACGUUCCGAACGUUCACAAGCUUUACAAGACGGGGGUCGUGAUGGCCAAGCACUAUGAGGAAAAUUAUCGGAAACCCAAGGGGAGAGGCGAUGAUUAAUGAACGAAUUGGCAGAUGAUUUGGUUUUCAAAGUCGCCCAGGUUUUGAUACAUAAUUACUUGGAACCCCUAUUGUUUUCCUUUGUGUUCUUUAUUUUCCUUUUUGGAUGUCCUUUCUUUGAAAGACCUGGUAAGUGAAGGGGAUUCGAUUAAAAUUAGGGUUUUGAUGACUCGAUUUUAGAACUUGGAUUUUGCUACCAUAUAGCUGAAUGAUGCUAUUAUUCUUGAAUUUUCUGUUAUGGGUUUUGAAUUAUACGCAUUUUGUUGUCAUAUGAUUGGAAAUUUGUUGAAGCAAAUUAAAGAUUGUUCUUAC